CUUCUUUGGUUGACAUAUCGACACACCGACGUUAAGAAUAGUCGCAAGAAUAUCACUCUAACAUAUAAAGUAAAACUAGCUGUUUGAAUUCAUAUCUUUCUUACAAGUUAUAGUAUUUCAAUUGUUCCAUUAAUAUUAUUCAGCACUAUGAAGCUUCUCUGCAUUUUAAUAACACUAGCCUUUGUAAACGUUUCGCCAAUAAUGACAUCGCACUAUGCAAAUUCGGUGUACAUUACCAACAAAUACAUCAAAGAGGCGUUUGAUAAAGAUCCUGCUGGAUUGCAAACUGCAAUUUCAAGUAUUAUUAACGGAUAUAAAUCAAUACUGACAUGUAAUUUGAUGUUGGCUAUACCGGAAACAGCAAAUAUUUUCAACAUAGAAACUCAUAGUGAUCCAUUUAUUGUCAAUUUACCAGAAAAAAUUGCCAUAGAUGAUCAGUUGGCAGUGCAAGAAGCAAUAUAUCAAGCUACAAAAAUCACUGUGCCUAAACUUAGCGAGAACGAAAAUUUUGAGAACGAUUCGUUAAACACGUUUGGAGAACAGAGAAGACUUAUAACAGGAAAAGUAACAAAAAACGCACUUAUUGCUGCAAUAGAUAAAGGAAGACCCAGAAGAUUCACCAACCUUAACGAAAUAUGUCGUCUAAUGGGUGCGCUCCGAAGUAUAAAAUUCCCAGACCAACAUAUCAGAAAUAUUAAUGUUGACGAAUCUGCUAAUUUUUGUAUAUUAACAUCACAAAAUGACAGUCACAUAUACCAACGUGAUGUCGUAGAUGUUUGGGCAGUAAUUCCAAUGGGUGGUGGUACUUAUUUUGAGGACAUUAUGUAUCACAUACAAAAUUGGUUCUUGUAAUAGAGAUCAGCAAACGUAACUGGCUUUUAAAAACUGUAUUGCACCUACUGUUGUUAUUUUACUUUAAUAAUUUUUAUAUGUCGCACUUGUAAUUAAAUUUUCAUUUAACUCAAUGUAUUAAAUAAUAAACAAUUUGGCUCAGUUAUAUUUAGUUGGUACUUAUAACUGUAGUCUGUAUGUAAAUUCUGUCAUUUGCAAGGUGUCUACACAUACAUUCACAAUUCAAUUAUUUUAUUUCAUAUAUUUUGUGUUAAAUGUUUUAAUGUUUUGUUAUAAAAUAAUUAUUAUAAAUACGAAUUUUAAAUAAUAAUACUAGCUGUCUAUUAUACAAUAUAUCAUGUAUCUCAAAAAAUUAGUUAACAAUAU